GUUAGAAGAUGUGUUGUGGUCAGACUCGGCACCCUGAGCCCACCUGCCUUGAGCUCCAUGGAGGGCACUCAGCUUCCACAUGACAUCGCCUCUCCCCUCCAAGGCCUUGGGCCUCUUCCAGAGGAAACAUCUUGUCUACAAGCCUAUUUUCUCUGCUCAAGAACAUGGUGAUGAGUUUCCGAGUCUCCGAUCUUCAGAUGCUUCUGGGUUUUGUUGGCCGGAGUAAGAGUGGGCUUAAACACGAACUUGUCACCCGGGCCCUCCAGCUGGUCCAGUUUGACUGUAGUCCCGAGCUGUUCAAGAAGAUCAAGGAGCUGUACGAGACACGCUACGCCAAGAAGAGCUCAGAGCCUGUCCCCCAGGCCCACCGGCCCCUGGACCCCCUGACCAUGCACUCAACCUACGACCGGGCUGGCACAGUGCCCAGGACUCCCCUCUCGGGCCCCAACAUUGACUACCCCGUGCUCUACGGGAAGUACUUGAAUGGACUUGGACGCUUGCCCGCCAAGACCCUCAAGCCAGAAGUGCGUCUGGUGAAGCUGCCCUUCUUUAACAUGCUGGACGAGUUGCUGAAGCCCACAGAGCUGGUUCCACAGAAUAAUGAGAAGCUUCAAGAGAGCCCAUGCAUCUUUGCAUUGACACCAAGGCAAGUGGAGCUGAUCCGGAAUUCCAGAGAACUGCAGCCCGGGAUCAAGGCCGUGCAGGUCGUCCUCAGAAUCUGCUACUCAGACACCAGCGGCCCUCAGGAGGACCAGUACCCGCCCAACAUCGCCGUGAAGGUCAACCACAGCUACUGCUCCGUCCCGGGCUACUACCCCUCCAACAAGCCCGGAGUGGAGCCCAAGAGGCCCUGCCGGCCCGUCAACCUCACCCACCUCAUGUACCUGUCCUCGGCCACCAACCGCGUCACCGUGACCUGGGGGAACUACGGCAAGAGUUACUCCGUGGCCUUGUACUUGGUGCGGCAGCUGACCUCUUCGGAGCUGCUGCAGAGAUUGAAAACCAUCGGGGUCAAGCACCCGGAGCUGUGCAAGGCACUGGUGGCUGUGUGGCCUCGGGGAAGUCACUGGCCCUGUCUGGUCGCUGCGCCUUCUGACCAGAUCCUCACGGUGCUCGGGAUGGUUCGCGUGGAAUGCGCAGUCCCAGCGGACAGCCCUGCAGUCAAAGAGAAGCUGCGUCUGGACCCCGACAGCGAGAUCGCCACCACCGGCGUGCGGGUCUCCCUCAUCUGCCCACUGGUGAAGAUGCGGCUGUCGGUGCCCUGCCGGGCGGAGAGCUGCGCACACCUGCAGUGCUUCGACGCCGUCUUCUAUCUCCAGAUGAACGAGAAGAAGCCCACCUGGCUGUGCCCCGUGUGUGACAAGCCGGCCCCCUACGACCAGCUCAUCAUCGACGGGCUCCUCUCCAAGAUCCUGAGUGAGUGCGAGGAUGCCGACGAGAUCGAGUACCUGGUGGAUGGCUCGUGGUGCCCGAUCCGCGCCGAGAAGGAGCGCAGCUGCAGCCCCCAGUGCCCCAUCCUCGUGCUCGGCCCCUCGGACGCCAAUGGGCUCCUUUCCACCCCCAACGUCAACGGUGGUGGCGGUGGCGGUGCGCUUGGGGGCGCCGGUGGCGGGGGCGGCGCGGUAGGCAGUGUUGAGAACGGGAAGCCGGGAGCCGACGUGGUGGACCUCACGCUGGACAGCUCGUCGUCCUCGGAGGAGGAGGAGGACGAGGAAGAGGACGAGGAGGACGAGGAUGAGGAGGGCCCCCGGCCCAAGCGACGCUGUCCCUUCCAGAAGGGCCUGGUGUCGGCCUGCUGACUGCUCACCGCCGCCGGCUGGACACUCGACUUUCCUGGUGCUCACCCACGCGGAUGGGGCGCAGGCGGGCCCCGGGGUACGGAGGGGGGAGUGAUUUUGUUUCUUUUUAUGGUUGUUCAUUUUGUUUUUCCACCCCUUUCCCUGGCUCCUGGCACCUGUACCUCUGGACUCCUAUCGGAGGAUUAAAAAAAAGUAAAAAGACAAAAAAAAAGUACAAAAAAAGAAAAAAAAAAAAAAAAAGGAA